UUACCUGCCAAAAUUAGCUUUAUGCUUUCUAUGAUUUGUACCAAGAAAUUAUAGUUUCUGAUGAGCUUCUCUAUAACAUUUCUGCUUGUCCAUGAUCGAUUUGCUAUCUGAGAUAAUUUGGAGGACAAGCACAGGCAUGAACAUGGCAUAUCAGGGAAAGAAUGGGAAAUGGGAAGGAUCAGUAGGGGGUUUAGUUGAUGCUCCUGUGGACAAAGUAUGGCCCUUGGUCACUCAAUCCAAAAGGCUGCCGGAGUGGAUGCCAAUGGUCGAGAGAUGCACCGACAUAACCAGAGACGAAGGCAUCCCAGGCUACGUACGGGUCGUGUCGGGUUUCAUGUUCCCGCAGAAAGACGGAGAAAGAUCAUGGAUCAAAGAGAAGUUGCUUUCCAUGGACUCAUCAGCUCAUAGUUACAGUUACAAAAUGGAAGCAAGCAAUGUGGGAUUAGAUGGAUCCAUCAAUACAUUAAAGCUUGUGGACUAUGGAGAAGAUUCAACAUUGAUUGAAUGGAAGUUUGAGAUAAAUCCUUUGGAAGGUGUUUGUGAAGAGAGCAUCAUUGAUUAUCUGGGAUUUCUCUACAAAUCUUGCAUCAACAGAAUUGAAGGUGCGAUUGAAGUAGCUGCACAUUCUAAAAAAGUUUGAUAUCAACUUUGCUUUGUGAUGACUUAUGAAUGCAUUUUAAAAACAAUGCUGGAUAGCAUUUUAGCC